ACGUCGCACAGUUGGACUCGGGAAGGAAGCUGGAAGUUGAUGCUGUUGGAGGUGGGGCAGAGUCUUCAGAGUUUCAUCAAUGUUCUGUGAUGUGAAGGCAACAUGACGGAUGCUAAGGAUCAUGAAACGGAGGUUCACCCCUUGAAGAAUGAGGAGGGGGUUCCACCCAACACCCCUUCAAAGAAAGGCAUCUUCUCGACCGGUUCAAAGUUGUCUCGCUGGCGCACAGCUGCCUUUUUCGUCUCUCUUUUCCUUGGUCUCAUUGUUGUGUUUGCCUUUUCCUUCAUCAUCCCAUGCCCUGUGCGGCCGGUCUCGCAGCGAACCUGGAAAAGGAGUUAUGAGGAUGCAUCAACUUUCAACAUUUUGGGUAUAUUGGAUGCAAAUAAUGACAAAGUCAAUGAUGUGAUUUUCGCUUUUAAAGCUUCUGACAACUUACUAAAUGUCUCUUGUUCUGAUGAAGGAUUUCUGUCUCCUUGUGUCUUCCUUACUGUGAUCUGUGGCAGAAAUGGCAGUGUUCUGUCCUUGAGGCCAGUUAGUCAGGACCAGAUCUGGGCACGUUGUGACGUUUCAAAACUUGGAGGGGUAGAAAAUCCUAGCUGCCUGCUCUACAAUUCACAAGACUUACUGGUUAUAGAUUCCAAGACUGAUUCCAUUCUGUGGCGGAAAAAUAAUUCGCAGAACUUCAAGACACCAGUUUUGACGGUGCCUGAUAUUGAUCAGGAUGGUGUGGAAGAUUUGGCAGUUAUUACUUCAACUGGAGAUUCGACAACAAUAUAUUUAUUUCUGGAAAAAAGCGGAAUUCAGAUUGGUUCACAGGUGGACCUUAAUCUGCAACAGACUUCAGGUCAUUUGAUUUACCUUGCCAGCAGGGAUUCUUAUUAUAUUCUAUUCAAAAAAGGUUCUGCCAUACAUGGAUAUGCCUUGAAAAAUAUUCUUGCUCUAGCAAUGAAGGGGCUCAAAAUAAGUGCAGGAUUACAGGAAGAUUCCAGCUGGAGGCUAUUAACUGUCAACUCUACUAACAGCGUGAUCAUUCACUACUCUGAUUUAAUUCAGCAUGUAUUUGAAGUUCCAAAUAAAGACAAAACUUCAAGGAACCUGCUGGUUAUCACAGAUCAUCAGCUGGAAAUUAUUAAUGGGAAGACACUAAAUCCGCUUUGGAAGAAAUUUAAUGCUUCUGCUAUGAUCAGAGAGACAGCUUUUGGAUAUUUCAAUAAUGAUGAGAUUGUCGAUGUAAUCGCUGAAGAAGAAUAUGGCAACAACACAAAAAAAGUAGCCAUUUAUGAUGGCGCUACAGGAUCCUCCUUGUGGGAGAUUGUGCUGAAGUUAAAUCUGAAAAGCCCCAAGCCCUCCACAGUAAAAGCUGCAGACCACAGAUCUGUCUUCCUAUUUUGGGGAAGAUUUCUUGAUGUUGAUUCAAGUUCACUGGAUGAGCAGCAGUUUUUAUAUUGGCUUCACCCAUCCCAUCCAAAAGUUCUUUGGAACUCAGAAACACGACUGAGGUGGUUGUGGUUUUCCAAGCUUUGUUGUUUGAGAAGAGCAGGCAUGCCGGCUAUAUUCUGCUCGGGAUCGACAAAUCCAAUGAAGACUGGUAACGUGACACUUUUCAAAGGGAGAUUUAAAGAAGAUAUCUCACACAGCCGGGUGAUUAACCUGGGAGAAGAGACUUUCACUGACCAGGAGAUCAGGGACAUAUUCCUCAGAAUGCGAUACAGCAGUGAAUAGUGCUGUUUUCUUGCCUCUCUGGAAUGCCUAUCCUUUAUUUUUUUUUUUAAUUUUUAUUUUCUGGCUGCUAACCAAGAGUGGACUAGCCAAUGGUUUUUUAUUGUUUGCUUGGUGUAUAUAAGCGAGAGAUGAAAAAUGUGUAAUUUGCACACGUCUACAGAGAUUCCAAAGACAAAUAGGGAGUCUGGAAAUCUCGUAUUUAAUUCAGGGCUUUUAAUUUUACUGAACAUAGAGCUAAUAUUGCAAAGAAAUGCACUUGUGCCUUAAAUUCAUUUAAAUCCAUUUUGCUACUCAGUCCGCAAAUUUGUUGAGCACUUUAAUAAGCAGUGAAACAGCACAAUUCAUUAUCGUUUCCUCUAGAAUGCCUAAUACAUCCUAAACAGUCAGGGGCUGACAAUAAUUGUCAAAACCUUUGUUGCUAUUACAUGAUAAAUGGAUAACAGCCAAGUAAUACGUAAUGAAGGGAUACACAGUUUUAAUGAGAUUUGCUGCAUUUUGAAUGCUAUUUUAAAAUUACAGUCCACUGUAAUGAUGGCAACACACACUGAACUAACAAGAGGAGCAUCUAAAGGUGCUAAUUUUAUGAAAUCCAGCAUGUACACCGUUCAGUUAAACUAUUUUUUUUGUUGGUUGCAAGGUGUUAACUUGUUCAUGGAGUGUGAAAUGCUUGUCAUGAUCUCUUAGAUUUGCUUUUCUUUAUUAAGAAAACAAGACAACAAACUGAAUAGCAUUUGCUUUAUAUUUCUGUCACAUAAAAAGGGAGACGUCUGUGACCCUCUCCUAGCAUUCAAGCACAUCCUUUAUUGUAAUUUUAUGGGUAGGGCACAUUUAAUGACAUUUCUGUUGAUUUUCAGUCAUAGCCCUCAUUCACAUAAUCUUAGUGAGUCUGAGACAGUCUGCAGCUUGCUCCCAUGAAGCCAGUCACCUAGUGUGACAUGCCAAGCAAACAGAUUUGAUUUUGUCUUUAGUCAUAGGGGUGCCCUCAGUGUGAAUGUGAGCUGACAACCAACAAAGGGGUUAUCCUGAUUUACAAUGUGUAUAAUGCAGCGACAAGGAGGAAGCGACAUGAGUGUUUAGGACCUCACAAACAGAAUAGAGGUCGACUGUCUGAUGUCCCGUGUUUUAUAUUCUGUGAUAGAAUGGAAAAAAGAAAAAGGCAAAGGCUGCAUCUGAACUCACUGCAGGUUUUAAAAUUUAUUAAGCACCAGCUCCGUCAGGCAGCACGUUAUUUGCUGUUACAAAAAGUUGUGAGCACAGCUGUGCUGUGCUAGAAUGUUGACACCAGUCGCUAAACGUGGCAUGUUCAUCGUAAUGUUACAUCGACUUUGAUACAAAUGUAUGGUUUCUUGAAAUUAGCCAACUAUGGACUAGUGCCCCCUAUGGGUUUCAGAUACAAGUAUGUUGUUGUCAUUUGUGUUUUAAAUCACUUGCCGUGGUACACUUUUUUUUUUUUUUUUUGUCAUAAUAGAUUCCUGGACCUUUGUUAACCAGGAUAAGGGGGAUCAUCAGUAGGGAAAAUAUAUUAAUAUAAGGUAAAAAUUUAAAAAUCGCUAAAAACACAAAUGGCCCUAUAUUGAUGUCAUACCCUACGUGUUACAUAACAAGUAUAUAUUGUAUGGGCCAUUUGAUUUUGCCAUUUUUGUUUAAUUUUUUUGUAAUUUACACCUUUUGUUGUAUUUUGUGACAAAGCAAAAUUUACACCAAGGUAUUGCUGAGCACUGCACAUAGUGUGUUCCUGUUGCUUUUAGUCUGUUUAUUUUUUUAUAUGAAAUGGUGACCCAUUAUUUAGAUUUCAGCAUUGAAAUGAAAAAAUUGUCAGCUCAUAAAUAAGACCGUAUUAUGGGCUCUGUUCCUUUUAUCUAAUUCAUUUGAGGAUGCUAUUUAUAGACUGAAAUGGGGAUGAGAAGCUUCAUUCCUUAAGGGCCUUAGCUGAUAAUUUGAAAUCCUCUCAUUACUAUUAGUACACACUGCUCGUGGCUUAUUUCAACGUGCUGCGCUUAUGACUGCUGGAUCCUCUCAUUAGGCAGCUGCCACCUCACAAUUCAAUCAACCAUGACCAGUAAUGAAUUGGUAGUUAAUAAUAAUUAACAUAAUCCAAUAUCUGUUGUUUUGGGAACACAGUGGUUUAUCAUGCUGACUCCCUGUCACAGAAACCAGAGCUUAGUGUCUGGAUACAUCAGUGUCACUGUGCUAUCUUCAUAUUCUCUCCUACUAUCGGAGAUGAUGAUGUUAGCUUAGUUACAGUGUGAGCGUGAAUGUGCCCAAUGGUGGAAUGGCAUUAAUCUCAAGUACAACCUCUGGCACUUUUCAGAGAUAUCCAGCAUUUCUUGUUGGACCCGGUUGCAUCACACUGCUAUUCCAGCAGACUUAAAUAAUCUUAUGAAGUCUGAGGUGGUCAUGGUGUGCUCUUGUGACUACCAGUCAUGUACUCUGACAUCCCCAGUGACUCAGUCCAAGAAAUCUGCUAUUCAACCCGACUGUGUGAGAUAUGAAAACCGAUGACUGUCACUGAAAUUACAAUGCAUAAAAUGUAGCUACAAGGAGUAAGGAAAGCAAGUGUUUUGAACUUUGCAAACAGAAAAUGGAGUUCUCCAUCUGAUGUCUCAUUUUAUGUACUUGACAACUGCAGUUGCUGAACUUGCCUGAGGAUGUCACAUUACAUGACUAGAAAAUGCAGGAGAUGGUAAACUACUCCACUCUGUAAUGACGUCCCGGCACGAUUUCACAUUUUGACAGUAUCGCUAGCUUACUCCUUUCUCUGAUAGGCCUAUAACGUGCUGCCUGUGCUGUACAGAGGCUUUUCAUCCAUGGCAAGUUCAGCUGCAAUCUCUGCCCUUUUUUAGUUUGUUUUUUUCUAUUCUGUCGUUGUAUGUAAAAACAUAACACCUCUUCUGUUUGCAAGGGCCAAAACGCAUGCUUUCCCUGUAGCUGCAUUUCUGGGUGUGCGCUCCUUGGUUGUCAGCUCUCACAUAAAUUUUAAGACCGUUGAUUUUAUCAGGGCAAAUUGCAGAGCAGUAUGACCGAGUUACUGGGGAUGUCAAACAACAUGACUGGUGAUCAUAGAAAUUCGCCGCACCUGGCUCAGAUUAGCUAACGAUACAUAAAUCAAGUCUGAGACUGAAAAUCGGUGGAAAAAUAUUGUAGUGAGUUUUUUUUAUAUUGCUACAUUACUUACUAUGCAGGCCUCCGACACUUUUUAAAAGAUGUCCAGCAUUUUGCCAUUCGCCACACUUGGUGUCUACAUGUCAGCAGCCCCUAAGGCAAUACAUCACAAAUGUUAAGUGGAUGUGUUUAGCAAUCCACGCAUAGAGGAAGUGAGGUGAGGGUUACAUUAAACAAUCACUUUUUAUAUCACAGAUGUUGUAAACCUUGAGUGGCCUUCAGUAAGCAGCAGGCCCACAUCAUGAACAAGUGGUCAGCUGUGUUGUCUCUUUUAUCCACUUAGGGCUAAACAAACUCAACAGAGACUCAAGAAUAUCCUGAUUACAGUCUUCUACAGGUCAUCCAUGCCUGUUUAUUUUGAGAUCUACGUAAUAUAAACACAAAAAGACAAAUUAUACAAAUAAAAUCUUUGUUGUAUAGCACUUUCAAUAAUGAAUUUCAUCCCAAAAUGCUUUCCCCAUUACGACUAUUUCCAGAUUUCUGCAAUGUACUAAAUGGCUGAUUAAGUUAACUCUAUCAUUGUAACAGAGUGAAUCAAAAAUGGGGAUUGAACGAAUAAAGUUUAUUUUAUAUAGCAAAGGCAAUCCAACAAA